CGAUAAUCAACGCCACUAUCUUCGGGGGAGGCACCGCAUAUAAGCAUUUUCCCGGAGAGGCUUGCUUGGGGCACGACACCGGUUCCGGAAUGGAGCGCUUACCCUGUCUGCUCUUACAGGUUAGUUAUUUAGACCGCUCUUGCUGUCCCCGCAGCAGCAAUCGUUGCUUUCUUAUGGUGUCGUGCCCAAGUGAACUGUUCCUUAUGUUUGAACGCUGUAAGAAUUGGUUUCGCAUGUAUACCAAUAGCCUGCUUUUAUUGCUAUCCGGUGACGUUGAAUCUAAUCCCGGUCCUAACACAAACGAAGUUCUAACUACCGUCCUGGCCACUGUCCAGAGGAUAGAUUCCAGACAAGAAGAAAUACUGAAAGAUCUGCGCGCCCUGAAACUUUGGCAGACAUCUGUUGAUGACGAACUAAAGCAGAUAUCCUCCCGGAUGCAUGCCGUGGAGGUGGACGUUAUGGCUUUAAAGCAAAAUGAUGGUUCAUCGACUUCCUUGUCACAAACUUCCGGCGUCAACAUAUGCGAAAAAAUAAAGGCUAUUGAAUCGCGAUGUGAAGAUGCCGAGAACAGGUUACGACGUUCUAACCUGCUUUUCUUUGGCCUACCUGACGAACCGUCUGAGUCCUGGUUCUCAUCCGAACAGAAAGUUAUUCAAUUAUGUUCGCAGCACCUGGGCAUAACACUUCAAUCCUCGCAAGUUGAAAGAGCCCACAGGCUUGGAAGAUACAACUCUGAUAAGUGCAGACCGAUCAUCACAAAAUUCGCUUUCUUUAAAGACAAGCACAGCAUCAUGGAAAUGGGCCACAAACUGAAGGGCACGCACUUUGCCAUCCGUGAGGAUUUUGCUCCGCAAACACGGUUUGCUAGGAAAAAGUUGUUAGAAUUUGGAAAAGCUAAAAACGUGCCUUUCAAGCUUGCAGUCGAUAAACUGCGAAUCGAUAACGUUACUUACGUGUACGACGCAAUCAAUGACAAAAUAACACCUGCAUCGCAAUAGCUCGCGCGUAGGUCGGCUACGCACACACUUGCAAACAAUUUCCUGCCACAUGCUGAUCCCAUUCAGUACAAGAACUUCACUUUAUCAUACACCAACAUACGCAGUAUUAUUUCAAAGCGUACUGAGUUGUGCUCUUAUCUUGAAAACAGCAACUGCGAUAUCUUGCUGCUUACGGAAACUUGGCUAAACCCUAAUAUCUCAGAUAGUGAAGUUUUGCUUGACUCACCUGAUUUCCAUAUUUUCAGAAAAGAUAGGAUAGGUAGAGCUGGUGGGGGGGUACUUAUUGCCAUAAAAAGUCAUAUCACAUCUUUUGUGAUUGACAUUCCGUCACGGUUGGAAAUUGUUUGGGUGUGCUCCUCAUCACAUGCAUCCAAAACAAUUUUCGGAGUAUGUUACAGGCCGCCAGAUUGCUCGGAAAGUUUUGUUACAGAUUUGCACGACAACUUGACAAAUUUGCGCUCUAAGUUUCCUAAAGCUGACGUUUUCCUCUUGGGCGAUUUCAACUAUCCUGAAAUUGACUGGUCCAAUCUAACUUCCCUUUCACGCAAUUCCAGAGAGUUCCUCGAUCUAACCCUUGACUUCUCUUUUGUUCAAUUAAUUGACCAACCCACGCGCCAACACAACAUUCUUGACCUGCUUCUAUCGUCAGCUCCUGAAAAAGCUACAUCAACCUUAUAUCUAGAUGGUCUCAGUGACCACCGUCUCAUUCAGGUAUCUAUUAGCUUACCUGCAUCCAAGCCUUAUGUCUCUCCAAGGCCAAUACUUGAUUAUAAAAGAGGUGAUUAUCAAUCCAUA